AUGUUUCGGUGGGCGCGGGCAUUCUCAACCGCGCCGUCUUUUUUCAACAACGCCUCAAUGGCUUCCCCAUCCCUCCGCCAGUACUCAUUCCAAGUCUUCCGCGAUGUCCCUCCGCUCCGCCAAAUGCGCCGGCAGCUAGUACUGGAUAAGAAGACCGUAGGGUUUGUUCCUACCAUGGGGGCUCUUCACGAGGGUCAUCUCUCGCUGAUCCGACAAGCCGCGGCCGAAAACACCGAUGUCUUCGUUAGCAUCUUCGUCAACCCGACCCAAUUCGGUGUUAAUGAGGAUCUUUCGAGCUAUCCCCGCACUUGGGAUAGCGAUGUGGCUAAAUUAGAACAACUCAAUGAUGAGUUUGCCCGUCUUGGUAAUGACACUGGUCGUAUCACGGCCAUUCUUGCCCCUACGUCGAAGGUCAUGUAUCCUACAUUGCCGCCUUCAUCGGAAAUUGACGGGGAUGGGUCUUUUGUUACAAUAACCCCUAUCUCAAGGAAGCUGGAGGGUGCAUCCCGCCCGGUCUUCUUCCGAGGGGUUGCGACCGUUUGCAUGAAGCUCUUCAACAUCGUUCAAGCCGACCGUGCGUACUUCGGACAGAAAGACGUCCAGCAAACCGUGGUCAUCAAGCGCAUGGUGCAAGACUUCCAUGUGGAUACUGAGAUCAAGAUUGGCGACACGGUUCGUGAGCAUGACGGGUUGGCGAUGAGUUCGAGAAAUGUGUACUUGGGAAAUCGGAGACGUACUGUUGGCCUCGUCCUCUACAAUGCCCUGAAGAGUGCUGAAAACGCAUACAACUCCGGCAAGCUGGCGCGGAGUGACAUUCUCGAUGCCGCUAAUAGUGUGACAUCCCAAGUCUUGUCCGAACAACAGGCGUUGUCGGCGUCCGAAAGAGUCCUUUAUGAAGUCGACUACAUAUCCUUGGCCGAUCCUGACACACUGGAUGAGGUGGAGUCAAUUGACCCCGCCAAGGGAGCCAUCAUAAGCGGUGCGGUCAAGAUGACUCCUCUUGAAGAAACUAGGCCCGGUGAAGACUGUGGCCUAGGUGAUGGACAGGUUCCUGUUCGACUUAUCGACAACCUGAUCUUUAAGCCUCGAGCCUGA